UUCGUCUAUAACCUUAUCAUCUGGUUUUGCUGCUGCUGGCGAGAGAGAAGAGAGAAAGAGAGUUUCGUGCGCUGUCACGUUUCUCAAUUUCUCGUGUUAUAUACUUGUUCGUUUUGUUAUUAUUUUUUUCCAUUCAUCACGCACACAAUUAUUUGUUGCAAUAUUGCACGCGAAUUAUUCCAAGUUUAUUUGUAAAACGUAGAUUAGGAAAAAAAAAAAAGAAAGGUAGACGUGUUGUGAAAAACAGUGACAAACAAGAAGUAGAAGAAGGGUAAAAAAAAAAAAAAAACGAAAGGACGAUCAUCCCUGAAAAGCAGUGCCCGGGAAUUCUAUCAACAGCUGCUUGGCCUUCAUGGUAGUGAACGUUUUGAGUGUGACAAGAUUAGGAACGAAGGAAGAUCGCAGCCGCGUCUCCGAUAACCUAUGUUGUGCGGAGAACUUUUGAACGGCGGCCUCGUGAGUGCAGGUGCAGUACCUUUAGUGCCCUGCAGUUUCCUUGGACCUUGGCUUCCAGGUUUUCUGCGAGCCACCAGUCCAGGAUCACUCACAUCUCCGUAUUUGACAUUGUUGGCCGAAUUGAUAAUAUCAAAUUCAUUUGAAGAGGAAGAGGAGGAUAUUUGUGAAUUGAAAAAAAAUCAAAUGGACCUCACCACAAAAAAUCAUCUUCCAAAUGGUUCUGUCAAUCUUGAUUUGGAUCUUGAUAUCCACGAUAUUGACGAAGACGUUCUUCUCGAAAAUGGCCUCCUCUCGUUUGAAAAUCCAAAUUAUCAUUUGGAUCCAGCGCGUUUGGACGAUGCAAUAAAUAGCAAUGACAAUGGCAGUACAUUGUACGAUGAACUCUAUCAAGGAAUUGUCACAAGUGGUGGUAGAAGUGGUGAAGUGACGGGUGGUGGUGGAGGUGGUGGUGGUGUCGUCACCAGAGUGCAAACUCGAAGAACCUAUGCAUCAUUGGAUCUUGGUAGCAUGGGCGUUGAUGUCACACAAGGUCCAAUAUCAAAAAGUUCUGUCAACGAAGCAAUUCCCAAAAAAACGGACAAUCAUAUCUUGGGAUACGUCAAUGAGGGUGUGGCAGUGGUCGCUGAAUCCACUUUGAUCGACGACACCCUCAAUGGGAAUCCCCGAUCGACUAGCAAGCUUCUGCCGAAAGCUUCCACUCUGGAAAAUCAUGGAGAACCAGUCGCCAAUCCUUCCGGCGCCGACGUCAUAAAUUUUUGCGAGAAAGGUGGAAAUAUUGACACAACCGACAUGGGUGGAACACCGCACGUUGAAGGUGGAUUAAAUGAAUUACACAAUGUUCCUGUAAAAAGACGACAGCCUAAGGAGCAAAAAAAUGCAAGUUUACAAAAUAAUGUUACGGAAAAACCACCCACUGUAAUUGACGUUGAAACAAUUGAGUCCAAGGCCAAGGACGAAAAUUUACCACACGGAUGGGAAAAACACGAGGACCAGGAAGGUCCUUAUUACUGGCACAUCAAAAGUGGCACUAUCCAGAGAGAACCACCAGAACCACAAAUCAUUUCAAAAACGGAAAAUCGUCGUUCACUGGUCAAAAGCAAUGACAGUGUGGAUAAUUUUCAUUCUUUGAGUGGAAUGACAAACACUGUAACACGUAGCAAUACAAGUUCAGCUCUAAGUCAGGAAUUGAAGAACAAGAGAAAAGAAGAAUUAGCACUCAAAAGAAGAAGUUAUCCAGCAAGAGCUGAUUCCGAGGGUAGAGACAAAAGAAUUAGAUUCGCAGUACGAUCAUUUGGUUGGGUUGAAGUUGCCGAGGAAGAUGUCACUGAGGAAAGAAGUAGAAAAACUGUUAAUAAAUGUAUCGUUGAUCUCACCUUGGGAAGAAAUGAUCUUCUCGAUGUUGUUGGCCGAUGGGGAGAUGGUAAGGAUCUCUUCAUGGAUCUUGGCGAGGGGGCUCUUAAAUUAAUUGAUCCCGAAAAUCUCACUGUUCUCAAUACACAGCCAUUCAGUACACUCAAAGUUUGGGGCGUUGGACGAGAUCAGGGAAAUGAGAGGGAUUUUGCAUACGUGGCAAGGGACAAAUCAACCAGAAAAUACAUGUGUCAUGUAUUUCGUUGUGACAUUCCUCCGCUUACUAUUGCCAACACAUUGCGAGAUGCAUGCAAAAAAGUUUUGAUUGAACGUGAACUUCAACAAAAUCCAACAAGGCCUGUGGAUAUUAAUGGUAGAACAAGUUUAGCUGCGAGGCCAACAAAUCUUCCAACUGAGCAUCGACGUUUUCACCGAAAUGGACAAGCACUCGUCACACAAUCGUUUCCUACACCAAUGGAGGAGCCUAAGAAGGUGCUUCGAGCACAAUACCUUGGAUCGAUGCAGGUCAACCAAGCCAGUGGAAUGGAAGUAUUAAAUAAUGCAAUAGACCACACUGUUACCAAUACACCCCUAAGUCAGUGGCGAAAUGUCAACGUUGCUGUUGCGCCGAGUAUGAUUUCUAUAUUAACACCAAACGACGACAAGCUAAUCACAGAGUGUCGAGUUCGUUAUUUAUCAUUUUUGGGAAUUGGUCAUAAUGUGAAGCAAUGCGCUUUUAUCAUGCACACAGCGCAGGACACAUUUAUCGCACACAUUUUCAAUUGUGAGCCAAGCAGUGGAGCUCUCUGCAAAACAAUCGAAGCUGCGUGCAAGUUAAGGUAUCAAAAAUGUUUGGACGCUCAUCCACAAGGUUUUCGAAAUGCCCGAAGUUUAAAUACACCAAAUGGUCGUGGCUUUGGUGCAACUUUAAAAUCACUUGUUGGUUCACUCACGGGACGUAGAGGUAAACAAGGUGAAUCCUGAGACGAAGCUCUCUCGCUACAGGAACUCUGGCCGUUGCCUGAGCGAGAGAUCAUCAAACACACACACUUGCAGUCGCCUUUGACCCUGUUGUACUUUGGUGAUUCCUCUCCAAGUGAUUCUCUCAGAUCGUUACUCUCACCUUCUCUCGACACAAGACGUAAACAAUUUUCACGCUGGGAAAGCAAUCCAUAAAAAAAUUCGAGAGAAGAAGAAGAAGAAGGACUGACAACGCAGAAUUUGGAAAUCGAGCGUUUAAUAUUGAAAAUGUAUCACAGAAAAAAAAAAAUUUAUAGUGAUCUACGCUUACGUGUAUGUAUGUUAUCGCAGUGUCUUGAUUAAUUUUCGAGCAAAGCGUUGCAGUUCCUUUUCAAAAAAAAAAAAAAAUUGUAUAUACAAUCGAAUUCGAAUCUAUUUUUUAAUUAAAUUUUCAAAAAAAAGAUUCGUUUUUGAGUUAAAUAAAAAAAAUAAUGGGAAGGGGGGAUAGAAAAAGGCACACACAACGUUUCCACGAGGCAUUUUACGAGAAAGCUUUGAGAGCUUAAAAAUAAACGUGUAUUCUGUACAGACUAGCAAAAGAAAUGAAAGAAAGAUGAGAGAAAGAAAUAGAGUGAAAAAAAAAAAAAAUGACGUUGUCGUCGUUUGUCCAACACGGUUAGCUAAUAGGGAAUUUAUUUUUUAUGGCAAAAAAAAAAAAAAAUAAAAAAAUAAUAGAACUCGUGUCUCGAGAGGUGAUAUGACAAAUAUUAGCGCGAAGUUGCCCGAAAUUUUGUCGGGUCUCCGCAACGUAUGUACGUUAAUAAUAAAAAAAAAAAGUUUCAAAAAAUAAAAAAAUGAAAAAAAAAAAAUAAAAAAAAGUUGUGCGCUAUAUACAUAUUAUAUAUAUAAAUAUAUAUAAUAUAUUGACAUAUAAAAAUAUAUGUACGUAUAAAUAAGUUAAGCUCGGCAAGCCGGAUCUGAGAUCUAGUGUGAUCCAAAAAAUUAAUACCUAACGUCCGACGCACCCUGCACACUUCGCAUGCAUUUCUACAUACAAAAAUAAAAAAAAAAGGACAGGCACGACAGAUACCUAAUUACAAUGUAUAUUCGUCGAUUAAUCAUCUUCAUUCCACACACGAAGCACUUUACACCUUUUCAUGGAAUACUAAAAAAAAAAAAAAAAUAAAAAAUAAAAAAAUAAACUGUUACAAAAAACUUUGUGCACGCGCGCGGUUAUCGAGUAGAUCUAUGAAAUAUAGUCGAAAGUUCGGCUUGCUCGAAGUCGUCCGAAUAUUCGAAAAUCGAAUUUCUUUGCCUCCAAAAAAAAAAAAGAAAAAAUUUCUCAGCGACUUUCGAAUAUUCGUGUCGAAUGUGUAUAUUCGUUCGCUUUGACAAUUAUCCGCACGAGUGUUAAAAAAAAGGAACCUCAGGGGAGGGAAAAUUCGAAAAACUUCUACGUUUUCUCUAAGUCGAAAACACAAAAUAUUUCCGUUCCAAAAUUAGAGAAUCUAUUUUUCACUUUAGAAUUCAAAUUGUUCAAUAAAAAAAAAAAUUGAGUCAAUUCGAAUUUUUAUAUUAAAAAUAAAUUUUUUUCGAAAAUUUCUGUUUAUUAAAAUAAAAUAAAAAAAAAAAGAUUUCUAUCCAAAUUCCAAAAUUGUAAGGAAUUAAAAAAUUGGGAAAUUCUCUUACCUCGAUUGUUCCGAAUUCUGGUUCUAACACUCGUUAAAAAAAAAAAAGAAAAAAAAAAAAAAAGCCCGCGUUUAUCAUAUCGUAGAAGUACGAUCUGAGCUUGACCGCAGGUCACAUUAGAGAGACGAAAAUGGAAUAAAAAAAAAAAAAGAAAAUUUCUUUUUUUUUUUUUUGAAAGCAGCACAAUAUCUUAUGCAUAUUUAUAUAAUGAACCGCAUUUUGUCCAGUAAUUUACCUUCCAUGUUGAACUCCGAGCUUGAAAACUGGAAUUUUCGAAAGGGUAAAACGGGCCAUGUAAACUUUUAUUGGGAUUCGACGGAUUGUUAUAUAAAAUAGUCACAUGGGU